AUGAUGUUCUUAUCCGGAAGGCUCGAGGAUUAUUAUCCACGACACUGCGACGGCUUGGUAUACUUCCAGGUUAUGUAUCACGCUGCGACAUUGCAGUUGCCGAGGACGGCGCACAACUACCGAAUCUCUGAUAAGCUACCACUCGUCAGGUCAACAGUAGUGACAUCCCGCCGAAUGAACAGCGCCCUUUCGAAGCGGUUGAAGACAGUCGCUGCCGCCGGAAUUGUGGUGACGGAAGUUCCCACCACCCCCAUCGAAGGGCAGAAAACAGGUACUUCUGGCCUUCGCAAAAAAGCGGCACUAUUUUCUUCGGGCAAUUACUUGGCAAACUGGGUGCAGGCUCUAUUUUGUGCUCUUCCAAGCGAUGAACUCAAAGGGAGCUCUAUGGUACUCGGAGGAGACGGGCGUUGGUUUAACAAAGAGGCCGCUCAGAUCAUCAUCAAGCUCGCCGCGGGAAAUGGAGUAGGCAAAGUGUUCGUCGGUCAAAAUGGAUAUCUCGCCACCCCAGCAGCAUCGGCCGUUAUUCGUGCUCGAAAAGCUUAUGGUGGUUUCAUCAUGUCUGCUUCGCACAACCCUGGUGGACCAGAUGAAGACUGGGGCAUUAAGUUCAACUAUUCCUCCGGUGAGCCAGCCCCUGAAAAAAUCACGGACAAAAUCUAUGGCUAUACGCAAACUGUCGAACUCCUUAAAAUGGCGGACAUGCCGGACGUUGACCUCACUACCUGUGGCGCGCACAAGUUCGGAGAUUUCGAAGUUGAAGUUAUCGACCCUGUCUCUGACUACUUGAAUCUAGCAGAAAAAGUUUUUGAUUUUGACCUGAUCAAGUCGCUUCUGAGACGGUCUGACUUCAAGAUGAAAUUCGACGCCAUGCAUGCUAUAACAGGGGCUUAUGCGAAACCUAUACUUGUUGAUGCCCUUGGAGCAGACCCAUCGUGCUGCGUGAAUGACGUUCCCAAGGAGGACUUCGCUGGUGGCCACCCCGAUCCAAAUCUGACGUAUGCUGAAGAGCUCGUGAAGACCAUGUUCUCAGAGGAAGCUCCCGAUUUCGGAGCAGCCUCAGACGGCGACGGAGACCGAAACAUGAUUCUGGGAAGCAACUUUUUUGUAACUCCAUCCGAUUCUGUCGCCAUCAUUGCAGCCAACGCUCAGUCUUGCAUUCCCUACUUCUCUGGGGCGGGAGGCUUAAAAGGCCUCGCCCGAUCCAUGCCAACCGCUGCAGCUCUCGACCGAGUUGCAACUUCCCUCGGAGUCGAGUGUUUCGAAACACCCACCGGUUGGAAAUUUUUUGGAAACCUCAUGGAUGCAGGCAGGCUUUCCAUCUGUGGUGAAGAGUCUUUUGGAACUGGUUCCGAUCAUAUUCGAGAGAAAGAUGGACCUUGGGCUGUACUCGCCUGGCUCUCAAUCCUUGCCCAUCGAAACAAAGAUGUUCCCGUCGGUGGUAAGAAAGUUACAGUUGAACAGAUUACCAGAGAACAUUGGGCAAAGUACGGCCGGAAUUUCUUCAGCCGCUACGACUACGAAGGCUGCGAGUCACAACCGUGCAACGAGAUGAUGCAACACUUGCGCGCCAUCGCUGACUCUUCAAAGAAAGGUGAUAAAUAUGGACCGUACGAACUCGACUUUGCUGAUGACUUUGAGUACACCGAUCCCAUCGAUGGCUCAGUUGCGCGUAAUCAAGGGUUGCGGUUUGUGUUCACCGACGGAAGCCGAUUCAUUUUCCGCCUUUCGGGAACCGGUUCCUCUGGCGCCACGGUCCGAAUGUACAUCGAGCAAUACGAAUCAGAUGCUAGCAAGCAGAAUAUAGACGCCCAGGAGGCUCUUGGACCACUCAUCCAAGUCGCUCUUGAGACCUCUAAAUUAAAGGAAUUCACAGGGCGCGAUUCGCCGACGGUGAUUACCUGAUAUCUGGAGUAAGGUCAAGUUCUUUCGAUUCAUGACAAGAUUAUCACGCGUGAGCGCCCAGCGCGAGAAACUACUUUUCGGGCUCAGUCAUUUGACAGUUUCAUAAAAUUAUCUUGUCAAGCCGGUCCGACUCUCUAUGAUAAUAACCUCACGCUAGAUAUGAUAUGAACAUGUGAUAAUAUAUGCAAGAAUGGAUAAGUUAGUU